GUUGACCCACCCGACUGAUACAACCAACUCAUCCGGGUUUUUGCUUGCCGGACCUAAGACCCAUAUUCUCACACAAACCCACAUCCGGGUUCAGUCUCUUCGCUGUCUCUUACGGUUUCCCCCACAAUCCAACCCUAAACUUGACGGGCGAUCCGAUCGGACUCGGUGGAGUUUCGAAGAAGCACAAAAACAUAAAAAGCUUCUGCAAAAAUCUCUUUACUUUAGUUAAAUUCAAGCCCAUGUGAUGGAAAUAUCAAAUGAGUCUGCCAUUAAGAAACCAAAGAGGUUGACAUCUGUUGUAUGGAAUCAUUUUGAAAGAGUCAGAAAGGCUGAUAUAUGUUAUGCAGUUUGCAUACAUUGUAGUAAGAAACUCAGUGGAUCAAGUAAUAGCGGUACCACGCAUCUGAGAAAUCACUUGAUGCGAUGCCUGAAAAGAUCAAAUUUUGAUGUGUCUCAACUACUUGUCGCAAAGAGAAGGAAAAAGGAUAGCACUAUUAGCCUCACCAAUAUGAAUUAUGAUGAAUCACAGAGAAAAGAUGAAUACAUUAAACCGGCAGUUAUGAAGUUCGAUCAAGAACAGAAAAAAGAUGAAAUUGUCAACCUUGUAAGUAGCAAGUUUGACCAGGAACGGAGUCGAUCUGAUCUUGCUCGUAUGAUUAUAUUACAUGGUUACCCAUUGAAUAUGGUUGAUCAUGUUGGAUUCAAAGUUUUUGUCAAGAAUCUUCAGCCAUUGUUUGACGUUGUUCCAAAUAAUGAUGUUGAGUUUUCUUGUAUGGAUAUAUAUAGGAAAGAGAGACAGAAGGUGUAUGAGAUGAUAAAUAAAUUUCAUGGUAGAAUUAACCUUUCUGUUGAGAUGUGGUCCUCCCCAGAGAAUGCUGAGUUUUUAUGUUUGACUGCACAUUAUAUUGAUGAGGACUGGAAACUACAGAAGAAGAUUAUGAAUUUUGUCACCCUUGAUCCAUCUCAUACUCAAGACUUGCUUUCAGAAGUGAUUAUAAAGUGUCUGACAAACUGGGAAAUUGACAGUAAGUUGUUUGCCUUGACAUUUGAUGAUUGUUCCACUGAUGAUGACAUUGUUCUAAAGAUAAAAGACCGGAUGUCACAAAGCAGGCCUCUCUCGAAUAAUGGCCAAUUAUUUGAUGUGCGCUCUGCUGCACAUGUUCUGAAUUCAAUAGUGCAAGAUGCCAUUGAAGCACUAGGAGAUGUAAUCCAAAAGAUUCGAGGAAGCGUCAGACAUGUCAGAAGUUCAGAAGUGGCACAAGCAAAGUUUCUUGAGGUUGCCCAACAAGUUGGAAUCGAAUAUAAUAAGAGAUUAGUUCUUGAUUCUCCAAUUCGAUGGAACUCUACCUACCUCAUGCUUGAAACGGCCUUAGAAUACAGGGGUGUAUUUUCUCUGUUACAAGAGCAUGAUCCUGCCUAUACAGUAGCUCUUACUGACGCAGAAUGGGAAUGGGCCACUUCCUUUACUGGUUAUUUGAAACUAUUUGUUGAAAUCACAAAUGUCUUUUCAGGCAACAAAUGUCCAACUGCAAAUAUAUACUUUCCCGAGAUUUGUGAUGUUCACAUCCAAUUAAUUGAAUGGUGCAAGAGCACAGAUGAUUUUCUUAGUUCGAUAGCAUUGAAAAUGAAAUCCAAGUUUGAUAAAUAUUGGAGCAAAUGCAGUUUGAAUUUGGCACUAGCAGCAAUUUUAGAUCCCCGAUUCAAAAUGAAAUUGGUUGAGUACUACUAUUCCCAAAUUUAUGGUAGUACUGCUCUGGAUCGAAUCAAGGAAGUUUCUGAUGGCAUUAAGGGGCUUUUCAAUGCAUACUCUAUCUGCUCAACAAUGGUUGAUCAAGGUUCAGCACUGCCUGGCAGCAGCUUACCUAGUACCAGUAAUGAUACGAGAGAUAGACUUAAAGGCUUUGACAAAUUCCUUCAUGAGACAUCUCAGAGUCAAAGUGUAAUAUCUGACUUGGAGAAAUAUUUGGAAGAACCAGUCUUUCCCCGUAAUUGUGAUUUCAACAUAUUAAAUUGGUGGAAGGUCCACACUCCCCGGUACCCUAUCUUGUCCAUGAUGGCGCGUGAUGUUCUGGGAACUCCUAUGUCGACUAUUGGGUCAGAAUUAGCAUUCAACACUGGUGGUAGAGUACUUGAUCAAUGUCGAAGUUCACUGAAUCCUGAUACUCGACAGGCUUUGAUUUGCACCCAGGAUUGGUUGCAGAUAGAUUCACAAGAUUUCAAUCCAUUCUCAAGCCAUACUGCUCGACCUCUUGCUAUUGAAUCAAGUUAAUCUCCUAUGGUUGACCGUCAUUGAUUUUUUCUCAUGGUGUCUGAUUGCGUUUAAUGCUCGAGCCUUAUUCAGAAAGCUGGUGUAGUCAUCGAAUCUCCAAUCCCCUUAUCCAUGUCUAUAUACCACACUGAGACUAAUUGCUGUAGUUUAUAUCAAGAAGAUGAAAUGUAAAUUCUAGGACGUCAGCUAGAUUUCAAUGUUUAUACUUCAAAUAGAAGUAGCCUCUUGUUAAAAGAUUCAUAUGGAAAGCUGGUUUUCUUUCUGGUAUUCAGACUUUUUCAUGAGUCUGAUUAUUAUUAUCAUUUUUUUUUUUUCCCAACCAGUAUGGUAAAGGUGUAUAUGGAAGGAACUGCUUCUUGAUGCACAGCUGUAUUAUAGGGUUUUCUUAUGCUUACUAUGCUUUCAUGGGUCCCUUGGAAGACCAAUUACAAGCUGUCUAAGGAUGUAUGGAGCUCCAUAGGAUUUAGGUUGAAACAGUGGUAAUGUGUCUCCAUGGUUGUAGUAGCUGUACGAAAAGGAUAUAUGUUUAGGAGCUAAUUUAGUUGCCUUUUUCUGAAUUUAGAUUAUAAUCAUAAAUAUAUGUUUAUAUAUAUAAAUAUGUUUGAGAAA